AAGAGUUUUUCAAAGAAGAAGCUCAGUUAGCAGCAGCAGCUUCAAUGGCGGAUUCAACAAUCUUACCAACGUUAGUAGACCCGCAGUCUCAUUCUUAGAGUCACAUCCCUAAGCUCGAAGAUUUUCUCGGUGAUUCUUCUUCGAUGGUUCGUUACUCAGACAACAGUCAAACCGAAACACAAGACUCUUCCCUCACUAAAAUCUACGAUCCACGUCACAACCACAACCACAACCAAAACAGCUUCUACUCCGAUCACCACGAUUUCAAAACCAUGGCCGGUUUUCAAACCGCUUUCUCUACAAACUCCGGUUCUAAGGUCGAUGACUCUGCUUCAGUCGGAAGGACUCAUCUCGCUGGAGAGUAUUUGGGUCACGUUGUUGAAUCUUCUUCCGGACCGGACCUAGGGUUUCACGAUGGAUCUAAUAACACCAACACCACUGGCGGAGCUUUGUCACUUGCGGUUAACGUUAACAACAGUACUAAUCAGCAUCAUAAUGAUAAUGAGAUUACUAAUCAUCAUUACCAUGGUGGUGGUGAGAGAAACAAAAACAACAACAACGAGAACAACGAGAAGCCAAUCGUGGCUGUUGAAACAUUGGAUUGUUCUAACAAGAAGAUCACUGAUACGUUUGGACAAAGGACUUCGAUUUACAGAGGUGUUUCUCGACAUAGAUGGACGGGAAGAUAUGAAGCUCAUCUAUGGGAUAAUAGUUGUAGGAGAGAAGGUCAGGCCAGAACUAGAGAUGAUGAGAGAAAGAUUUGCGAAGCUAUUGCUUGGUGAAGAUAUGUCGGGAAGCGGGAAAGGAGUUUGUACAGCUGUUACUGUCUCAAAUUCCAUAACCAAUCUUUAUGCGACUGUGUUUGGACAGAGUUUAAGGUUACAACCAUUGAGUACAGAGAAGAAAGAGUUGUGGAAGCGAGAGAUGAAUUGUUUUAUGUCUAUUUGAAGUCUAUAAAAAAGUUCGUCUCUCUUUGGUUUUGGCUCAAGUAAGUGCAAUCCAAGAAAAGAUUCAUGAAACAUGUAGAGGUGAGGCAGGUGGACUCUUCUCUGUGAGGGUUCGCACUGUGGAUGUGUUUAAAGG